AUGUCAGAGAGAAGACAAGAUUUGUUUAGAAGUAUCAAUGGUGAUCUGUUUUACCCACUGUUGGUGUGGCCAAACGACAUGAGAAGAUCGUUUUGGAAGAAACCAAUUGGUGAUGAGGAAACUUUUAAGUUAGUCCUGUUCCUAAUGGGAAAUGGCUGUCCCCCAACGGUGAUAACAGAUUGGAUUGUGUCUUCGACAUUUUGGGACAAAAGUAAAACAGUUAAACG